AUGAUUGGACAGGAAUUGGUGCGUUAUGAAUCAAGCAAGCCUGUACCUAAACUCCACCGCUUCUCUCAGACAACUCCGCCUCCUUUACGUAAAGGACGCAGGCUCCGCCUACUCCUAAUCGCACCUCCCCUGGAGGUGGUCAAAAUAGCGUCUAACUCCUCCCACCUCUCCCUUCGGUCCCCGCGAUCUGUUGUAUCGCGAGAUUUCAGUCCCACUCUUAGUGAUAGCUCAGAAUCUUCUGGUAGCAGCUUAUUUAAAACUCAGUGUAUUCCUUCCUCACCUAAGCUGCGACAAGACCCUCUAAGUACACUUGUUCAUUCACCUGAACAUGCUCAGGCAAGAGAUUCAUCAUCAAGUGAUUCCUAUUUGGAACCAAGACCAUUGACUUUAAAAGCUAUUUUUGAAAGAUUUAAGAAAAAGAAACGGAAAAAGAAGAGGAAAUAUAAACCAACAGGAAGACCAAGGGGAAGACCAAAAGGAAGUAGAAACACUAAAAGUUCACAAAUUGGUAAAAAACAAUUUACAGAGAAAAGACCUGGUUUCCCAUUUUUAGAAUCAGAAAAUGGACAAAACCCACUUCCUUGGAGAAAAAUUUUAACCUUUGAGCAAGCUGUUGCAAGAGGAUUUUUCAAGUAUAUUGAAAAACUGAAAUAUGAAUACCACCUCAAAGAAUCGUUGAAACAGAUGAAUGUUGGUGAAGAUUUAGAAAAAACAGAUCUUGAUAGUCGUCGAUAUAAAUAUGUAGAUGAUGAUGGUUCCAUAUCACCUAUUGAAGAGUCAGUGGGUGAAGAUGAACCUAGUGAUGAAUGUGAUAUCAAAUUGGUGGAGGAUAAUUGCUUCAUAGUAAGUUGUGAAUUUCCAAAGAAGGAAAAGGUAAAUUUAGCUGAAGGAAAUAGUGAAGACACUGCAUUGAUUAGAAAGAAAAAUUCCAAAAAAAAAACUGGACAAAAGAGGACUUGUUGA